AUUCAAGCAGUUGAUGUAUAUCUCUGCAGGAGAGGGAGAGGGAGAGUUCAGGACACGAGCAGAGGGAAUCCGCGCAGAGGGAAGGGGUUAUAGAAAAGCUGUGCGUUUGUGCGCGUCUUCUCCGUUGUGCGCCUCCUCGGACUUGCGCGUAAAGACAAUCAAUGAAGGAGAGAAGAUCUAUAGAGAAACUGUCCCUUCAGCCCGGAAUGGAUCCGAGUCAGAGCCUCAAAUGUAAGAUCGUGGUCGUGGGGGACAGUCAGUGUGGGAAAACCGCUCUGCUCCACGUUUUUGCAAAGGACUGUUUCCCAGAGAAUUACGUACCCACUGUGUUUGAGAAUUACACAGCAAGUUUUGAGAUUGACAAGCAGAGAAUAGAGCUCAGCCUGUGGGACACCUCAGGCUCCCCGUAUUAUGACAACGUCAGACCGCUUUCAUAUCCAGACUCCGACGCCGUCAUCAUAUGCUUUGACAUCAGCAGACCAGAGACCCUGGACAGUGUCCUAAAGAAGUGGAAAGGGGAGAUCCAGGAAUUCUGUCCCAACACAAAGAUGCUGCUCGUCGGAUGCAAGUCAGACCUUAGAACAGACCUCACAACUUUGGUGGAGCUGUCUAAUCACAGACAGACACCGGUGUCAUAUGAUCAGGGUUCAGCUAUGGCUAAGCAGAUAUCUGCACCUUAUAUCGAAUGCUCCGCAGUGCAGUCAGAAAACAGCGUGCGGGACAUUUUCCAUGUCGCAACAUUGGCUUGCGUAAAUAAGAACAGCAAAAACAUCAAGCGCAACAAAUCGGCACGCUCCACCAAACGCAUCUCACAUAUGCCCAGUCGACCAGACCUAGCUGCCGUGGCAACAGACCUACGCAAAGACAAAGCAAAGAGUUGCACGGUAAUGUAAUGCAAGGAGUUCAGGAGGAAAGAUUCAUUCUGGGAAGCGGUGAGGGUGGACUGUGGAAGCAAGAAAGGUCUGGAAUUGCCUCCAAAGACAAAGCAAAAGUGGAGAGUGGGAGUGUUUGCUCAAUGUUCCUGAAGGUCUCUCCGGUUUGAGGGAUGCACUUCUUGUUGCCAGAACUCAACAAACAUAUGGACGUAAACCCAUAUUAAGGCCCCAACCACCUCUCCUAAACUUAUCCACUCAGCAGGAGGAUGUCACCCCACUCUCGGCCAAUGGGAGGCCUUCCUUCCUGCUCCUGGACAUGAAGCUGCUUCCUCUCUGGAGGAUUCCUUCUGGAAGCUUCUCCUGCAGGAAAGGAAGGAGGAAGUAGAAUCACAUAACCAUUGAGUCCAAACUUCCGCUGAGCUUUGCCUCACAGCUAUUUUUAAAAGAUGCACGUUAUGGUUGGUAUUAACAGUCAUAUGACGGAACUAUGACGAGGAAGAUGACUUCCAAAAUGGCGAAAUUUUGGAUAAGGACAACUCUCGUUUCUUUCUUGAGAGUGUAUCACUGUGGUUACGGAUCACUUCCUCCUUCGAUCCUCCUUGGCCUGUUUUGUUCUUUCUGUAGACCAAGAGCACGAGUUUGUGUGUGUGCGUGGUUUUCUUUUUCUUAUGCUAAGCUCAGCUAAAACUGUCACCAUGGAUACACCGCUGGUAUAUUUGAAAUCACACCAUUUUCUGUAUAACUCCUCAAUCACUUUAUGGUUCAUUAAGAUUCAGAAAAAGAAAAACCAAAGAACUGGAAGGUUUUCAAGUCGAAUGACUCAAUGUUUGACAUUCUGAAGUGCGUGAUGGAUGUGUAUUUGAGGGUUUUGGUGGGUCAAUGAGAAUUUCUUUCACGGUUCUAUAAGAACAUGUUUCUUCUUGUCUUUAUAGACUGGGUAUAUGGAAGUGCAAAUACGGCCUUUGAGAAUUAACCUGACCAUUUAGUAUUCAUUUGCAUUUGGUUUAUCCCUGAAGGGGCAUUCACACUGACAAAGCAUCUGGAAGUCAUUAAUUUGCAAUGAGGGCUGGUGAUUUUAGGCCAGACUGUUUAGAGUUCAACUUUAUUCAAAUCUGGAAAAAUACUUAGGGUGGGACCAGAGCUAAUCCUCCCUAUACGCAAAAUACGCAAACUGCGUAGGGCCCCCGAAACACCUGGGAAUUUUUUUUAUUUGGCCAGCGGUUAUGAAUACAUGAAUGAUAAUUUCUUUAAAUGCGGGGUGCUGUCACCCUUUCUACGUAAAAAUCAGUCAAAUCAUGUAACGUGAAUGUCAUACAGUCUUGUUCAAAA